AAUUCCUUGUAAAUAAACUAUAUAAAGAAUUUUUUGACCGUACGGCUACUUUAGAUCUGAGUUUUAUUGAAAGGCGAGGCGAUAACACACGAAAAGCGUCAUUGCUGGAGGAAAAAGGACGGCCAAAGCCUGUUAGAUUAUCCUGCCGGAGGCUUCCCUCCGAUCAUUGACUAAACGGAGGGCAUCCACAUUGUUACAGAUACGGAAAUGGCGGAGGGAGGAAGAUGUUGUCCGACGAUGGAUCUGAUGCGGUCGGAGCCGAUGCAAUUGGCGCAGUUGAUCAUUCCGAUGGAAUUGGCUCACCGAGCUAUCUCCUACCUCGGCGACGAUGGCCUCUUCCAAUUCAAAGACCUCAAUGCUGAGAAGAGCCCAUUCCAGAGGACAUAUGCACUCCAGAUUAAAAGAUGUGGCGAAAUGGCACGCAGAAUUCGGUUUUUCCGGGAGCAAAUGACAAAGGCGGGUUUCUCACCUUCAUCAAUGUCUGCAAUGAUCAGUAAUGUCAAUCUGGACGGAUUGGAGGUAAAACUUGGAGAACUUGAAGCAGAGCUGCUUGAGAUGAAUGAAAACAGUGAAAAGUUGGAGCGGUCUUAUAAUGAACUUCUAGAAUAUAGACUUGUUAUGCAGAAGGCUGGUGAAUUUUUCCAUUCAGCUCAAAGCAGUGCUUCCGCUCAGCAGAGACAAUUUGAGGAGCACAACCUUGUUGAGGGAUCAAUUGAUAGUCCUCUGCUAUUGGAGCAGACAAUGUCAGCUGAUCCAUCCAAGCAAGUUAAGCUGGGAUAUGUCAGUGGCCUUGUUUCAAGAGAAAAAUCUAUGGCAUUUGAAAGGAUUCUGUUUCGUGCAACCAGGGGAAAUGUGUUUCUAAAGCAAGUUGUUUUAGAUGAUACUGUCAUAGAUCCUGUUUCCGGAGAAAAGGUUGAGAAAAAUGUAUUUAUUACUUUUUAUUCCGGAGAAAGAGCAAAGAACAAAAUAUUGAAAAUCUGUGAUGCAUUUGGAGCUAAUCGAUAUCCAUUCAUGGAUGACAUCGGCAAACAAUAUCAGAUAAUAACUGAGGUAUCAGGAAAACUUUCAGAAUUGAAAACCACUAUAGAAGUUGGACAGGUGCACAAGGAAAAUCUGUUAAAGGCUAUCAGCUUUGAAUUUGAACAAUGGAACCUUCUGGUGAAGAAGGAGAAAUCUGUCUACCACACAUUAAAUAUGCUAAGUUUUGAUGUGACCAAAAAGUGCCUUGUAGGAGAGGGCUGGUGUCCAAUUUUUGCAACAAGCCAGAUACAAAAUGCAUUGCAUAAGGCAGCUUUAGAUUGCAACUCACAAGUUGGGGCUGUGUUCCAGGUGUUGCAUACCACAGAAUCACCACCCACAUAUUUUCGCACAAACAAAUUUACUUCUUCUUUCCAAGAAAUUGUUGAUGCAUAUGGGGUGGCGAAAUAUCAAGAAGCAAAUCCAGGUGUUUUCACAAUUGUGACAUUUCCCUUCCUAUUUGCCGUCAUGUUUGGAGACUGGGGACACGGGAUAUGUUUGUUUCUUGCAACAUUGUAUUUUGUUUUCCGUGAGAAGAAACUUUCCAGCCAGAAGCUCGGUGAUAUAAUGGAGAUGGCUUUUAGUGGCCGAUAUGUUAUUCUUUUGAUGGCAUUGUUCUCAAUAUACACAGGAUUUAUAUAUAAUGAAUUUUUUUCUGUACCUUUUGAAUUAUUUGGGCGCUCAGCUUAUGCUUGUAGCGAUCCUUCCUGCAGGGAUGCUACUACAACGGGCUUAAUUAAGGUCCGUGACACCUAUCCAUUUGGUGUUGAUCCUGUAUGGCAUGGCACCCGCAGUGAAUUACCAUUUCUUAAUUCUUUGAAAAUGAAGAUGUCAAUUCUAUUAGGUGUAGCUCAGAUGAACCUUGGAAUCGUUCUCAGCUACUUUAAUGGAAGAUUCUUUAAAAAUGACAUAAACAUUUGGCACCAAUUUGUUCCCCAGAUGAUUUUCUUAAACAGCCUUUUUGGCUACCUUACAGUUCUAAUAAUUUUGAAAUGGUACACUGGUUCUCAAGCUGAUCUCUACCAUGUUAUGAUAUAUAUGUUUCUGAGCCCUACUGAUGAUUUGGAAGAGAAUCAGAUAUUUACUGGGCAAAAAUACCUUCAGAUUUUGCUGGUAUUACUCGCACUUGUUGCUGUUCCAUGGAUGCUGUUUCCAAAGCCAUUCCUUUUGAAGAAGCAACACGAGGAAAGACAUCGGGGUCAAUCCUAUGCUCCGCUUCACAAUGCUGAUGAUGCAGUUGAAUCAGAAACAGACAAUCAUGGACAUGGACAUGGACAUGAAGAUUUUGAAUUCAGUGAAGUUUUUGUACAUCAACUAAUUCAUACAAUAGAAUUUGUUCUCGGAUCAGUCUCCAACACAGCUUCUUACCUACGGCUGUGGGCCCUCAGUCUUGCUCAUUCAGAACUAUCGAGUGUGUUUUAUGACAAAGUUCUACUUCUUGCAAUGGGGUUCAACAACAUCGUCAUCCUCAUAAUUGGCAUAAUAGUAUUUAUAUGUGCGACGGUGGGUGUUCUUCUGGUGAUGGAAACUCUGAGUGCCUUUUUGCAUGCGUUGAGGCUUCACUGGGUUGAGUUCCAGAACAAGUUCUACGAGGGGGAUGGAUAUAAAUUUUCUCCAUUUUCAUUCGCCUCAAUUGCCCACCAGGACGAGGAGUGACUACCAUAACUGUGGACCAGUGAAAUUGCAGCUUUUCAUUCUUUUACACGCAUAAUGCAGUUAGAAAUCUCAUGCAUAAUGUGGAUAUUUUCUUUUAUCUCUUAUCCACCCAUGUCUGGAAUAAAGUGAAGUUGGUUGUUUUGAACACAGCCAAUUGGGUUGCUUGGAAGUUGGGAAUUGGGAUGCUUGCUGUAUAUGUCCUUUUUGAAAGCUAUUGAAUUAUUUUUCUUGUA